CAUCAGUGGAGCGUGUUGAUAUAUAUAACCGGACAAAAGACAUUGGAUUGUGCAACGAUCUCCAUGUUACACCCACAAGUUACCCUCCUCUCUCUCGCCGUCUCUUUGACUGCUUCUAUACCGCCGGUUGCGGCGACGGGUUAUACCAUGGUGAAGACGUUCGCGGGCUCGACCUUUUUUGAUGACUGGAAAUUCUACAACAACUAUGAUAACCUAACGAAUGGAGACGCCAUAUUCGUGUCGUCGUCCGUGGCGGCAUCCUCGCAACUCGCCUAUGUAGAUCCUUCAACAAAACACGCUAUUAUCAAAGUUGACAACACUUCCACCGUCCCUUACAACCAAAAACGAAAUACCGUUAGAAUAUCGACCAAUGACAAAUUUAGUGUUGGCAGUGUCUGGACGGUUGACAUGCUCCACGUUCCCUAUGGUUGCUCCGUGUGGCCGGCGUGGUGGUCACAAGCUCCAGCUUGGCCAACAGGCGGGGAAAUCGACACCUUCGAAGGCGUGAACAUGGUCACUAACAACCAGAUGGGGCUACAUACCCUCGCUGGAUGUAAACAAGUCUCCCAGGUUCAAUCGUCUACCCUCGUCAACUCCACCGACUGCUCGUACCUCACCAACUCGAACGAAGGCUGCAUCACCACCAAUCCCAGCACGGCAUCGUAUGGAGCGGGUUUCGCACAGGCAGGGGGAGGCAUGUUUGUUACCGAAUUCGCGGAAACUGGGAUCUCUAUCUGGUUCUUCUCCCGUGCAAACGUUCCGAGCGUUCUGUCAUCUAAUUCAAGUACAAUCGAUACCUCCACCCUCGGCACGCCAGUCGGCAACUGGCCUGCUGCGGGUUGUAAAAUAGAUACCUUCUUCGCGCCGCAAAAUUUAAUUUUCGACAUCACCCUUUGUGGAGACUUCGCUGGUGCUGCGAAUGUAUUCGCGGAAACUUGUCCAGGGACGUGCUAUAAUGACUACGUGGUUGGGAACGGGUCGAACUAUGCGACUGCCUACUUUGAAAUUGCGUCCGUGAACGUGUUUAGCAAGACGGGAACGAAUACUAUUGUGACGGGCAACUCAGCGUCAGCGUUGUGCCUCAGCCUUUCGACGCUAGCUUCAUGGUUAGGAGUUAUGGGUGGUAUCUGGCUAUUUCUCGCCUGA